AUGCUGACUGCCCACAGGUCUCGCAGAAACGCAGCAGCCAACGCCAACAAUCGCAUCCGUGGCCCGCAAUCUGCUCUGACUGAGUUCCUGGCAGCUCAAGGCAUAUCUGCGGCAGACAUUCACAAUGACUACUUGCGGCGGCAACGAGAAGCCGAGCAGGCUGCUGCAGCAGAGGAGGCUCAAGCCAACAAGGAGAACGAGUCCGAUGACGAUGGCGAGGACACAGUAGAGCUGAAGAAACGAAAACGCAAAGAAGAGAAGGCACUCAACAAGAUCAAGCAAACCAAGGAGUUUAAGAAGCGCAAGUUCGAGGAGCAACGGGACAAUGGCAGUGACGCCGACGAUGACGAUACGAUUGCUCGACAGAUGAUGGCAAAGAACAAGCCACUCCCUGGUCAGCUCGAGAACUGCGAGAUCUGUGAGAAGAGGUUUACCGUCACUCCUUACAGCAAGUCCGGUCCAGAUGGUGGUCUACUUUGCGUUAAGUGCUCAAAGGAGUUAAAGGACGAGGAAAAGAAAGCCCAGAAAGUAGACAAGAAGAAAGCCCCACAGCGAGGUCGCAAGCGCCAGACCGAAAGUGACCGUAUGAUGGGCGAUGUCAAGCCCGGUGCAAAGAGUCUCAUUGACGCCUGUGUACGAAAAGUUGCCGAUGUGGUUCACGAUAUUGACGACUUUGGCGAUAUGCCCGACACUUUGUUGGACAGACUCAGCCAAAUCUUGUCGAAGAAGAGAGUCAUGAGUCCAAGAGUGCUCAACUUGUUCCUACGAGAUGACGUCGACCAUAUUGAUGUGUACGACUGCGCAAAGCUCGAGACCGAGGACUUCGAGCGAAUCUUCGCUCAUAUGCCUCAUCUUGUCUCUGUCAAUCUUCGGUUUGCCGGACAGAUGAAAGAUGGCGCGUUGCUUUACAUGGCGGACAAGUGUCACAGUCUUCGGCAUUUGCAGCUAGGUGCCACCAAUCUCAUCACAGACAUGGCAUGGACGGAGUUCUUCAAAGCAAGAGGUCAUCAGCUUGAGAGUCUGAAGGUGUCAGAAGUUCAGGAAAUGUUCUCGGAUGGCAUUGUCUUGCAAAUCGUCCAGCAAUGCACAAAUCUGAAGCGACUCAAGCUCCGUGGCUGUUCGCACCUGACAGACAUCUCGGUCGCGGCAUUGAGCCAUCUCACUAAGCUCGAACAUCUUACCAUCGCAAUCGCGCAGCAUCUCACCACGCCGGAUCAGCUCAUAAGCCUCAUCAGCAAGCUUGGUCCGAACCUCAAGACCCUGUGUCUCGAAGGCUAUGAUCAUGAGCCCGAACGCACCGAAGAAGAGGAGGAAGAAGGGGUCAAUUUCCACGAUCCUAUUCUCGAUACCAUUCAGCAAGACUGCACCCAGCUCCGAAAGCUCCGCAUCACUGGUGGAAGUCACUACACCGAUCGAGUGUUUGCAGAGCUGUUCACAGGCUGGGCAAACCCUCCCCUGACCCAUGUCGACCUCUCCGACAAUCGAUGGAUCGACAACAACGAUGCACGUGGUCCAGUCGACGAACCUGUCGGCUUCUCAUCACAGGCUUUCAAAGCACUGAUGCAACACUCGGGAUCACAGCUACAGCAGCUCAACUUGCAUUCCUGCCGUCACAUCUCACACGAGGCUCUCCUCGAUGUCUUUGAUGGCCAGAAGCGAUAUCCUGAACUUCGCAACAUCGACUUGUCCUUUGUCACUCACCUCGACGACGUUGUCAUGAACGGCAUCUUCCGGAGCUGUCCCAGUCUGACGAAGCUGACAGUCUUCGCUUGCUUUAAAGCCCGCGGUGCUGAAAUACCGCAAGGAGUCGCUGUCAUCGGUCUGCCAAACGCUACUGAGAACAUCGUCAUUCAGGGAUUCAUGGACGAGCUGCUGGCCAAGGCUCUAGCUUAA